AUGAGUGACAAUAUGCUAAAAUCUCAAAAAAUUAUUCUCAAUGUUGGCGGCAUAAAGUAUGAAACGUUUCGUUCCACUUUAACCGCUUAUCCAGACACACUACUUGGCACGAUGUUUGCGGAUCGAAAUGAUCAAUUAUUAAAACCGAUUAAUGCAAACGAAUAUUUUUUCGAUCGUAAUGGCCGAGCAUUUCACUAUAUUAUGGAAUACUACCGUACAGGAAGCCUAAGUUUGUCUAGUGCUUGGCAAUCAAAUUUUUGGGUGACUAGAGAGGAACUAGAUUUGGAACUGGAUUACUUUCAAAUUUCAUCUAAUCAUGAAACUGAUAAAGAUAUUAAUGGCAGAAUCAGUGAAGAGCUCGACCAUUUAGUUACUGAAAUGGAAUCGAUCAUUCUUGAAAGUUUGGCGAAAUUGCCAGAAAUCAUGACGUUUCGUUUCACCUCGGGAAACACGUUGUUUGCAACUGAUUCUGAAAAAAAAUAUGUCAGACUUUCUUUAGAAAGCCAAGCUGCAUAUAAAUUAGCAAUUAUGUUCCAAUCCGAAAUUACGCAACACUUAAAAAACACGUAUAAAGGCGCGAUAGUUUUUUCUGAUGCAACAGAAAGUAUGACAUUUGAUGCUUAUGUCGCAUUUACUAUGGAACCAAGAUACGAAAGAGAAGAAAUAUUGAGAAAGUCUCAUUUAAAG